AUGCAGCCCUCUACCAGGCCUGGGCUGCCACUGCCCAAAUACUGCAGUGUGGCCACAGCCGUGAAAGCCCCUGACCUGCAUGGUGCUGUGCCGCCCUGGGACAUGUCCUUCACCUGUCCCUUUGCCACACAAGCACCCUGGCUGCCCACGCACUGCACAUUCACCAGAUCCUCUUGGGCUGGAGAGAUUACUCAGCAGUUAAGAGUGCAUACUGCCGUCGCAGAUGACCUGGUUUCAAUUCCUAGCGCCCAUAUCAGGUGGUUCACAAAUGCCUCUCACUCCUCACUCCUCUGGUGGCCUUCUCGCAACUGGCGUGUCUUAGCAUUGUAUGUUCGCAAGUUUAGUUUUUUGGCCAAGUUGUUACAGCUGGAGAAGCGGGGGGCCCUGGUUGUGGAAUUUGAGGCUCCCCUUGUCACAGGCCUAAAGCUGCCAACCCAGCAGCAGAAGGUGGUAUUUCCAGAGGAUGUCAUUCAGUUUUCACCAUCUGUGCCACACUCACUGCAGCUGGGUGACAAGGUGCUGGCACCUUGGGAACCGGGGCAGCAGCGGUAUGGCCCCGGCACUGUUCUUGUGGGCUUGAAGAAGCAAAAAGGACAAAGAGCAUCUAAAGAAAAAGAAAUCACUGUUCACUUCUGGAAUGGCAAGACAACAAAGGUGCCUCUAGGCAGGGUCAGGAAGUUAAAGGAUCAUGAGGUAAACCCUUGA